UCUACAUGAUAGGGAACACUUUCAUUGAAGAAGCUCUCAGUGCCAUUCCACACUUCACUGUCAAGGACAAGCUGGACAGUGAGCCCACCACAAUAGAGUCCAACCCUUUACCAUUGUUAGUGAUAACGGCCCAGAAAAUGUUGGAAUUCAAACUGAAAUGAACAAAAUUGGAAAACCGUCAGCUGUAAGACGUCCCUGAACUUUUGUCUCUCAGCUGGAAGACCUGUGUGAUGCAAAAUAGUCAUCAUGUAUACAAAAUCAAAAGGAAUCAGUGACUGCAACAAUUGCCGAGACGUUAUCUCUUUAAGUACAGUUGGGAAGCUCUUUGCAUGCGUUGCUGUGACCAGAUUGCAGACCCAGCAUCACACAUCUCCCUGUGUCUCAGUAGGCUUUCAGGGCUGGCAGAUCAACAGUCGACACGACUUUCUCAAUUCAGCAGUUAAAGUUGCAACCAACUUCAGCCAAAAAUGCCUAGUGGACAAUCUAUCUCAGCCUUCUCCUGUGGCCCCCAGCAACACAGGUGCCAGUCUUCAAUCAACUCAAUUCACUCCAUGUGAUAGCAAGAAAUGGAAAAGCAUUGGGUAUGGCAAAGGCUAUGGGGCUUGAGAACAUUCCAGCAAAGUACUGAAGCCAAGCUGUUCUGGUACAGCUACAAGACUGGCAUUUAGGUGGCAAUGUGGAGAUUUGUAUUGGUAUGUCCUCUCCACAAAAGGCAGAACAAAUUCAAUCCAGCCAAUUAAUGGUCCAUCAGUCUGCUCUUGAUCAUCAGCAAAGCGAUGGAAAGUGUUGUCGACAUUGCUACCGAGUGACACUUGCUUGGUGAUAAUCUCAUCACAAAUGCUCAGUUUGGAUUAAUUAGCCGGGGCCUCUCAGCUCCUGACCUCAUUACAACCUUGGUACAAACAUGGACAAUAAAGCUGAAUUCCAGAAGUGAGAUGACUGCCUUUUACAUCGAGACAGACUUUGAUUGACUACAGUAUCAAAGACAUCCAACAAAACUGGAAUCCCAGGCACAGACACUCCAUUGGUUGCAGUCAUACCUGUCACAAAGGAAUAUGGUUGUGAUUUUUGUGAGGUCUUUCAUCUUAAUCCAAGGACAUCACUGCAUGAAUUUCUCAGGGUAGUGUCCUUAGAUCCAACCAACUUUAGCUGUUUCAACAAUAAUCUUCAUUCCAUCAUAAGAUCAGAAGCUGCUGAUGACUCCACAAUGAUGAGUAUAAUUUGCAUGUCCUCAUGGCAUAUGAUGAAAGACCUGGGCAACAUUUACGAUUGAGUUGAUGCGUAGCAAGUAAUGGGCUGAAGUACGUUUUUUCUCUGUGCUAUGGACCUCUAUGGCUAUAAUAUUCACACCACCCAAGUUCUAGACAAUGACCUUCUCCAACAAGUGAGAAUCCCAUCGUUGUCCCUUGACGUGCCAUGGCAUUACCAUUCACUUAAUCUACCCAUUAUAUCAACAUGCUGAGUUUACUCUUUCACAACUACUUAAUAUGGUCAUGGCACGUGGACACUUAGGAGGAGCAGCAAUAAAUGGAAGACUUAGUGAACAAUCUUCAUAAUAAAUUAAUGGAUAUAUGUAAUCCUUUUGCAGGUAGACUCUGCCUUCCCAGAUUAUCUAGGAAGUAGAAGCCCAAUGAUAAACAGUCGUAGCUGGAUCUGGUUUUGGAGUGCAAGCAGCACGGCUGAUCCCGCCGUACAUUUUAUGUCGAGAAUUAAUAACAAAAUGGUAAAAAGCGUGAAGCAGAACAGAAAACUGGAAUUUGCAAAAUCACGAACGAACUUUUUGUUUACGAACUAAGUCGGGAGUUGCCACAUCUGCUCACGGAAGUGGAGAACAGGGAGAGGGAAGGCCUAGUGGAUCGGACGCCGGCUCCGAGUUUGCUGAGUGACCAAAGGGAGAAACACCGUGCCGCCGCCCAGACCAUGUCCGUGGUCAGUAGCGAUGUGUUCGGGACACUGCCGGACGGGAGGCUGGUGCGUCGGUUCACGCUGCGCUCCGACUCAGUGAGGCUAUCGGUGCUGAGCUUCGGAGGCAUUAUAACCAGCCUGGAGACCAGGGACCGGCACGGAGAACUGGCAGACAUCGUCCUGGGCUUCGACCACUUGCAAGGUUAUAUUAACAAACAUCCAUACUUUGGGGCAGUCGUUGGUCGUGUUGCAAAUCGAAUUGCCGAAGGGAAAUUUAGUAUUGAUGAAAAGGAAUAUCAGCUGCCUAUUAAUAAUGGGCCUAACAGUUUGCACGGUGGCUUGAAAGGAUUUGACAAGAGGAAUGACAUCUGCUAG